AUGGUAAUUAAGUACCUGGACGUUGUCUUUGACCGGCCGCAGUGCCCGCUGCCAGCGGCACCGCGCGGGGGGCAGGAAAACACGGGAGAGGCGGCUAGAAAAGUCAAUUUUGCGGGGUCGGAUCGCCAUUCCCUCCCCAAAUCCACGAGGAGCGAGACGGCGGCGUGCAAAGCCCCGAGCCCGGGGGUCUGCCAGCAGCGGCAGGAACAGGAUGAGACCUCCGGGCAGCCCGGAGUGGACGGAUACGCGUCCGCGCUGGCGGCGCCGCGACCCGGCUACCGCGCCCGGGGCGGGAAACCCAGACCUCCUUUUUCGAGUACGGGGCCGGCACCGGGAAGAGGCCGAGCCCCGUCGCGGCGGCCGCCGCCCCCCCCCGGCGCCGCGGUGGUUCGCCCCGCGCGGCCGCGAUUGGCCGAGCGCUUAAAGGGGCCGGCAGCGCGCGCUUUUCCGCCCCGCGGCGCGGCCGCGGCAUCGGCGCGUGCCCCCUCGCCCGCGCGGCGCUGCCCGGCACGCGGGGCGGGGGGGGCCAUGGACGGCGGCCGCCGCGGGACACAAAGGACGGCGCGGCGGCGGCGGGCGACGCGGCGCGGGGCCAUGGCGGCGGCGGCGGCGGUGGCGGGGCCGGGCAUCGGCGGCGGCGGCGGCCCGCGGUACAGCCUGCUGGCCGAGAUCGGCCGCGGCGCCUACGGCGUGGUGUACGAGGCGGUGUCGGGCCGCAGCGGCGCCCGGCUGGCGGUGAAGCGGAUCCGCUGCGACGCUCCCGAGAACGUGGAGCUGGCGCUGGCCGAGUUCUGGGCCCUGACGAGCCUCCGGCGGCAGCACCCCAACGUGGUGCGGUUCGAGGAGUGCGUCCUGCAGCGGCACGGCCUGGGGCAGCGCAUGAGCCACGGCAACAAGCGCAGCCAGCUCUACCUGCGCCUCGUCGAGACCUCCCUCAAAGGUGAGAGGAUCCUGGGCUAUGCAGAGGAGCCUUGCUACCUGUGGUUCGUCAUGGAGUUCUGUGAAGGGGGAGACCUCAACCAGUACGUGCUGUCCCGAAGGCCCGACCCUGCCACCAACAAGAGCUUCAUGCUGCAGCUGACCAGUGCCAUUGCCUUCCUGCACAAGAACCACAUUGUCCACCGGGACCUGAAGCCAGACAACAUCCUGAUAACUGAGAAAUCUGGCACUCCUGUGCUCAAGGUGGCCGACUUUGGGCUGAGCAAGGUCUGUGCUGGCCUGACCGCUCGGGGCAAGGAGGGUGGGCAUGAGAACAAAAAUGUGAAUGUGAACAAGUACUGGCUGUCCUCAGCCUGUGGCUCUGAUUUCUACAUGGCACCCGAGGUGUGGGAGGGACACUACACUGCCAAGGCUGACAUCUUCGCCCUCGGCAUCAUCAUCUGGGCCAUGAUUGAGAGGAUCACUUUCAUUGACGCCGAGACCAAGAAGGAGCUGCUGGGGACUUACAUCAAGCAGGGGUCUGAGAUUGUGCCCGUCGGGGAAGCGCUGCUAGAAAACCCAAAGAUGGAGCUGCACAUCCCUCAGAAACGCAGGACUUCCAUGUCUGAGGGGAUCAAGCAGCUCUUGAAAGACAUGUUGGCUGCUAACCCACAGGAUCGACCUGAUGCCUUUGAGCUUGAAACCAGAAUGGACCAGGUUACAUGUGCUGCUUAAAUUCAGGGCAGGGCACCGCUGUGCUUUGCAGCUGGAUUUAUUUACCAGGGACCCAUAAUCUCCAUUAUUUACGUGCAACAAGGAAGUCAAAGAUAAGGGAAGAUGAUGAUACAGAAGAUCCCUGGUCUACAGGAUCUCUGGCAAUGUGAAAUGUUUGGGUGUUACUUUUUUGU